AUGUCUGAAUAUCAUGAUGAAUUUUAAGAGGAUUAAUAAAAAUUGAAUGCUUUAAACCUUUCUUGGACAUUAGGGUUUAAUUAUAAAAUGGUGAAUGGUGUUCACAACCUCACAAAUGAUUCUCGUAAGGUAUUGAUAAAAUUUGAAUCUAGGAAAUAUUCUAUGCAACAGCGCAUACAGGAGUGAUAUUUGAUUAUGGGAAUAAUUAAUAAAGAUUAUUAUAAGGACAUGUAUAAUAUUGUAUGAUUUAUAGUGUAAUAAAAUAUCAUGCACAGCAUAUUGUAAAGAAUUAGACAUAAUUGUAACUGCUGAUGCAGGGCCUGAUAGUAUGUUAGUAAUAUGGGAUGCAAAGACAGGAGUACCAAGAAGAACGAUAUUUGAACCACACACAAAUGGUGUAUAGGCGGUAGAUAUUAGUGAAAAUGGAUAAUACUUAGUAACAUUGUCAAAGGAAGAACCAGAUAAAAUAUAAUCUAUAUCCUUUUGGGAUUGGUAAUCUCAAGAUCCUCGUCUAAGAACAACAGUGCUAGAUGAUAAAUUGAAAGAUUAUUAAUACUAUGUGACUAUUAAUAAUAAUGCUGAAUAAAAGUAGAAUUAGUAAUAGAUAUUUGAAUUUGCUACUACAGGUAAAAAGAGAGUUGUCUUUUGGAGUUGGGAAUAUGGAGCAGCAGGAUUUGAAUAUUAUAGUCCUGAAGUUUAAAAGAAUAAAGUAUUGACUUAAACAGUAUUUAUUCCAAAAAACAAAAAUGUGGUUACAGGAACAUUAGAUGGAUACAUUAUAGUUUGGGAUGUAUCUCUUAUUAUAGAAGAAUAUGGAUAACCAGAUGAGAGAAGAGUUAUUAAAAUAGUAAAUCUAAUGAAUGUUGCAAAUAAAUCUGAAACGUAGUAGAAGAAAGGAAAUGCUUAAAUAUUAUUAUUAAGAGUUUAAGGGAGAUAUUUGGUAGUUGGAGCUUCAAAUGGAUCUAUAAGAUUUUAUGAUUUUAAAUUUAGAAUUCGAGCUUGGUUUGAGGAUGUUGUGAUUGGAUAAAAUGGUUUGAAUAUUUAAUGUAUUAGUUCAAUAACUAAUUUAUCAUUUGCAAAUGAAAAUAUGUUUUAGGAAGAUGUUGAAACAGAAUCUGAUGAAGAAAAAGAUAAAGAUGAAUAAUCUUAGAAAAAAUCAAAGCCAUUUGUUUGCUAAGAUUUUAUUGUUGUUGAUGACAAAGCUAAUGUAAUUUUAUUGAAAUCUUAACAAUUCUAAGAAAUUGAAAAAGAAAAGAAAAAGGGAACAGUUAUUAUGUCAUCAAUAGUUUCACCUAUUAUAUCAAUAUCUGUUAGACCAAAUGUUCCUGUAGUUGCAUUUAGUUGUGAAGAUAAUAAAAUUUAUGAAUGGAAUUUUUAUGAAAAACAUAAUAAAUUAAAAGAAAUAAAAGAAAAGGGAAGUGAAUUAUAAAUAUAAAGUACUUUUAUAGAAUAUAGCCCUGAUGGCAAUUAUUUAGCUGUUUGUUCAAAAAAUGGAAUAGUUCAUAUGUAUGAUUGUAAAGAAGAGAAAUGGCUUAAAAAUCUAUUAGUUUCUGAAACUGAUAAAACAAAACCUAAAAUUACAUAUUUAACUUUUAGUAUUGAUUCAAAAUAUUUUGCUACUAUUGAUGAAUCAUAUGCAGUAAGUGUUUUUAAUUUUGAUUUUGAUCCUAAUAGUUAAUUGAAAUAAUAAAAAGAAUGGAUAUUUGCUGGUAAAUAUAGAGUUCAUCAUGGACCCAUAAAAUCAGUAGCUUUUGGUGAAACACUUGAUGAAAAAAAUUAAGUUUAAUUAAAAGUAUUUACAAUUGGUGAAGAUAUGAAAUUAGCAGUUUAUGAUGUUUUAGAUCCUACAUAAGAUCCAUAUAAUAGAGUUAAAUUAAGGAGUGUAGUAUCUAUUGAAUAAGAAUGUUUACCAUCAGCAUGUAUUUGGUAUCCUAUUAAUUUGUAAAGAGAAGAUGUCUUAUUAACAACUAAUAGUGAAUUUAAAUUGAAAUUAUGGACUGUUUUAAAAGAUCUUCGUAUAAUUUGUAAAAAGACAUGUUUAGGUCCUACUUUUGGUGGACAUAUCAAAAGAUUAUUAUUAUUAAAUCCAAGUGAUAUGAAAAAUGAAUAUUAAGAUAAAUAUUUAGCAUAUUCUACAGGAGAGAAAGUUGUUGGUAUUAUUAAAUUACCUUUAGAUGGUAAUCCUAAUAAAACUAUGGGUUUAAUUGCACAUCCUGAAAAGAUAGUUGAUUUAUCAUCUACUUAAGAUGGUAAAUUAUUUUUUACUUCUGGUGGAGAUGAUUUUGCAAUUAAUAUUUGGAGUGUUGAUUUUGCUGCUUUAGAAGAUAAUUUUUAAACUUAAGAAACAGAAUAUGAAAUAUUUUCAAAUUUACUUGAUGGAGGUCCUGAAGGAUAAACAUUAAGAGAUUUAAAAGAUUUCUUUUAUUAUAGUCAAAUUAGAUCAAAAGAUGAACAUACAACUAAAGCAAGAAAAUUAGAUGGUUUAGUUCCAUUAACAGCAAUUGCAGAUAUGAUGAGAUCUAUGGGAUAUUUUCCUACUAAUUAAGAAAUUGAAAAUAUGAUUAAUGAAAUUAAAUUUUCAAAAUAUCUUGAAACAGGUGAAUAAAUUUCAGAAUUAGAAAUUAAUACAUUUCUUAAAUUAUAUGUAAAUCAUAAACCUGUAAAUGGAGUUACUAAAGGAUAGAUAUAUGAUGCUUUAAAAACUCUAUCAAGUGAUACUGGAGUAAUGUCUUGGGAUUAAUUUGUUGAAUUAUUAAAAUCUAAAGGUGAAAAAUUAGAUGAAUAAGAAAUUGAAUGUAAUUAUAAAUUUUAUACUAUAGAUUAUUUGGAAUCAUUGAUGCCAAACAAAAAUUAUCCUUAACAAUUACAUUUGAAUAACCUUUGUGAUGAUUUAUUAGGUUUUGAAGAUAUGGAUGGAACAUAGGAAUAAUAAGAAUAAUAAGAAGAGGUUUAAGAUGUUGGAUCUGAAGAUGAAUAGUAAUGA